UGUUGGAUCUCGGUUGUAAACAAAGUGGCGAAUCAGUCGACUCGAAUGAAAAAGUAAAUUUAUUCAGUUUAUCAGAGGAAGUGCAAAAGUGCAGAAACUUAAUUUUAUUUAGAAUAUUUAUUACCAUAAAGUAAAAAACGAAGUAUUGUUUUUAUUAUGCUCUAUUGAAUCUGCGUAAAGGUGACAACUUUGUGAUUGUUUAAGCUUUUAUUUUUAAUGCGCUGCAGCCGUCUGUGCAGCACACCCGAAAAAUGCAUCCCGCUGUCGUCGGACAUCGCAUUACGGUGGACAACCUGAAUGCGGCCACCGGAGGAGACGCCGUCGAAGAUGACCCGGACAGUCCGGUUGAGGCGUUCGAGCAAAGUAUGUUGACCAUUAAAGCCCCCCAAAUCAGAGACAACAUGGCCCAAGACGCUUGGCGGCGUCCAGUCAGCCGGUUGUUCUCCGAGAACGACAACGUGGUGCUGUACUUUGAAAUUCCAUACGCUCGUGUGAUAUCGCCUGUUGGUUCCAAUAUCGAUGGCACUUCCAGUGGAAAAAAGUACGUUGUGUACGAGGUUGAAAUUCGUCAGGUCACUUCUGACCCAAAUCCAGCCCCAACCGUUAUCAAGCGACGCUACACACACUUCCUCAAGCUAUACGAUGAUCUACGUAAAAAACAUGCACUACUGAUGCAAGGAAUCAAUUUUCCGAAAAAGGUGCUAGUGGGCAACUUCAGUGGAGAGCUAAUCGGCGAGCGCAGCGAGGCCUUCGAAAAUUUGCUCGAUUACAUUGUAACGGUGCCUUCCCUACGUGAUUCAGAGCAUUUUCUAGAAUUUUUACAAGGAGAUGAACUGAACAAAGCUUGCCAACUUUUGGACGAGCGACGGAACGAAUUCGCGGUUCCGAUCCUAGAGAACACGUUCCGGGUGCUGAACAAAAUUUUUCUGGACAAAUCCAUGUGCGUUCUAUUAUUGCUGUGUCGCCUGGUGGCGGCUUGCACUACAUCUCCGAUUCCUCAUCCACUGGCGGAGCAAUGGGCCGAACUUGCACUCAGACGGUACGAACACGUGUGUGAUGCUGACUUAUUGGUGCUUUAUAUUCCGCUUCUUCAGACUUGUUUGCAUUUAUGGUGGCAACGUGGCCGGGAUCGAACUCUUUUAGAGGAACGGCUAGAUCAAAUAGCCAAAAAAGGGAUAAAGGUAAAGGGUGGACCAACGCUCACUCAGGCUAUUCACGCUCUUGAUCCGAGAGCCGAAACUACGUAACGCAUACAUCACACUCCUCUGAAUAGAACAACAAAUCAAGCAUAUUACUAACAUAAAUUUAUAAUUUUAUAAAACAAUACGUCACAUAUGUUGGGCAAUACUAGAUUUGAAUAUUUUUUGUUUCAAAAAAUUAGUUGAAACAAUUUUUAUUUUGUUUUAUUGUGUUGUGAAUCAGUUUAUACAAAAUGCAUACGAUAGGUUGUUAUAUUUACAUAGCUUAUAAGUUGAUUGUUCAAUCUCCUUAGGGGAAAGAGAUAGUAUUUCUUUAUUGUAUGAUUAUUCUAGUUCACCACUAUUCAUGACUCAUUAUUGAUAUUCGAAACAUGUCAGCAAUAACAAGUAGCUUUCUCUUAGAACAGCCAUGAGACAUAUUUUCUGAAAGGUAAUGCGAUAUUCUAUGAUGAUAAAGGAGCAGUUAUUCCAUAUCAAUUUUAUUUAGUAUAAGUAAUCUUCAAUUAGGGGAAUAAAGCCAUAAAUGUA